AUGUCUGAUCAAGAACCGACGCCAUCGCCGAAGAAGGAAGACCUUUCCUCCGCGCGCCUAGGUAGCGUAGCCGUGGAGUGCAACAAGCUCAAGGACGAGUACGAACAGUGCUUCUUCGACUUCUUUCCCCGCUUCCUCUGCGGUGAAAAGUUCAAGGAGGACCCGUGCGCUUCUCAGUUGGAGGCCUAUCGUCAGUGCCUGCGUCGCCACCUGAGUCGACAUAUGGGCGUGGAUUUAGACAAACUCGAUGCCCAGCACAUGUCCGCUGCCGAGAUGGCCGAAGCUAUGGCUCAAGGGAGGAGUCGAAAGUCGUAG